AUGGCUCCAUCGCGCGGUCUUCGAUCCUUCCCGGUCGUGCAAGGCGGCAUGAUGUGGGUGGGCUAUGCAGAGCUCGCAAGCGCAGUGUCCAACGCUGGCGGAUUGGGAAUCAUCACAUCUCUUACACAACCCACUCCGGAGGACUUACGAAACCAGAUUCGAAAGUGCAAGAAGAUGACAUCGAAGCCGUUUGGUGUGAACUUGACUAUGCUGCCUUCCAUCAACCCGCCAGAUUACCUCGCGUACACCGAAGUCAUCAUCGACGAAGGCAUCAAGAUCGUCGAAACUGCCGGCAACAACAUCAAAGAACCCGUUGCACGCUUCAAAGCCGCCGGCUGCACGAUACUGCACAAGUGCACCGACACGCCCUAUCGGCUGUUAAGCUCGGCGUAG